GUCUCGAUCGCCAUUGUACCUUCGUCAGUUCUCUAGACAUCAACCAAUUCGAACGUUUUCAAUCUCUACCGUCAAAAUGGUCAAAGACAACGACACAGUCAUCAAGGAGUUCAAUGAGCUCGUCAACAUGAGUCCGGAUCAAUUGAAGGAAUGGCUCGGCGGCGAGGAUUCUGCCGGCGCAGGUUGGUCCAAGGACGAUGGCUCUGGCGAGACGGUUGGCCAUGAGAGCGGCCGUAAGAUCAUCGAGAUCUUGGAGAAGAACCCAAACAAAGACCCAAGCAAGUACGAAGAGGACGACAUUAGCCACAUGCGCAAGGUUGUGGCGUACAACAAGCGCCACUUAGCUCAAGAAGGAAAGGCGAAGCAGGACCCGGAAAGCAAGAGUGCUAAGUCUUUGAAGAACUGGGGCCAUGACCCUCAGCAGGCUUGAGUGUAUUCAGGCAAGCUAGACUUCGAUGCAUAACCUGGUAUACAUACGAAUGAAUGAACACGUUAAUCUACCUCGGUACCGAGCGGAAGCAACAUG